UUCCCGCGUUUCGCGUCCGCUACAUGUAAUUACUUUGAGAUUUGAUUGGUUCACUGGAUUGUCUGUGUAAUUUGAUUGUCAUAGUCGUGUGAUGAUGAAACAUCAUAUUUUCUGUGCUUUAGGGAGACGACGGACGCGACGGUGUGAACGGAAUGCCGGGACCCAAGGGAUCGAUUGGACCAAUCGGAAGGCCCGGAUUACAAGGUCCUCCUGGAAUACAGGGCGGCAAGGGAACAAAAGGAAACCAGGGACCUCGAGGGCCGUCCGGCUUACAAGGGCCCCCCGGAAUACCCGGAAACUGUGUGACGCCAUCUUCAUCGAACACCACUAUCCCCCCGGUAUUUUGUUUGCCUGGCAAACCGGGCCUCAAAGGAGCCAGGGGUGAAACCGGAAAGCGCGGUUCACAGGGCCCCCAGGGGCCCCGAGGGAAUAAAGGACCUAGAGGAAGCAAGGGCAGUGAAGGCUCUCACGGGAAAAAAGGCGACCCCGGUCCUCCGGGGGAUUUUGCGGGGUUGACUUGCCUGCCUCGGUACACAGGGUGGGUGGACAGAGGGGACUGGAUAAGUGAACAGCCGGAGGUUCAUUGCGAUAGAAGAGAAUUCUUACAAGGAUUUAGCCUGGAAGAAAACAAAGCUCGUGGUCAAAGAAGAUUCAAAUACACAUGUUGUGCGCUAAGAUUAACCAUCCCUGGACAAGGUUAAUUAACAGUUAAUGGCAAAAACAAGUACCAGUGGUACACGUGCGAAAGCAUCUGUUUGAGGACUAUAACUCCUCAAACAAAGGUUCAGGUUUCAAAUGAGGUUGAAACGAACAUUUCCAAUACAGACCGGCUCUGAGAAUUUUACGGAAUAAUCGUCAUAAAAAAGCGAAAAAGAUGUAUAUAAAAGUAUUUUCAAGCGCAUGAAAUUAAAGAUAUUUUAACUAGCACAACCCCUUUUUUGUACAUACGGUAUGCCAUGAGCAAUCAAACAAAAAGAGAGUUAAUCCCCGUAUGGUCCUUAAUCCUCCGUACGAAAAAAGAUGGCGACUGGUACAUUUACCCAUAGUUCUUAGCGCACGAAAACCUUAACAACGUUCAUAAAA